CUUUCUUUGAGAUCUUCUGAAAUAGAAAUUCAUCACUGAGCAAAUGAGCAACAGGCAAAGAGGAACUUAAAUAUUUUACUUCCUUAGCUCGUACAAAACCCUCUAAUUUCUAGCUUUCUGCGUGUGUCAUGCAGCAGAUUACUCUCCUCACUGGUCCCCUGCCUGCCUGCUCUUGUGUCUGUAGACAUUUGGAGAGACUAAGGGGGAAGGAGGGAGUCCCUCAGAAAUGUUGUACAGUCACUUUUUGUGAAGGGAUUACAGUGCUCUCUCUCAUUCUCAUUGGCUUGGUCCGCCGUGACAGUAGCGUGGUGAUGAGCGGUUGACAUGCCCAGCAUCAUCCAUAACAAGCUUCCAACUUGGUCCCGUGUGACUCCCAUUCAUGCGCCCAGGCUUUGCGCUUUAUGUACUUUUCUGUUUCACUUUGUGCAAAUGCUUCAGUCAAUUUGGAGUUACGGUUUCUAGUCUUUUCUUACCAAAGAGAGAGGGAUAAUAUUUCUUAGCAGACCACUUUUCCUUUUACGCACGAGAGGAGCAUGAGCUUCUUGGAGAGGUGACUUAAUUUACAGUAGGGGUCAUUAAAUGUGUCAGCGUCUGAGAUGGCAAAACCUUUAGAUCACAUCAAAAGACCCAUGAAUGCUUUCAUGGUGUGGUCCAGAGGCCAGAGGAGAAAAAUGGCCCAGGAAAAUCCAAAGAUGCACAACUCUGAAAUCAGCAAGAGACUCGGCGCCGAGUGGAAGCUGCUCUCCGACUCUGAGAAACGUCCGUACAUCGACGAGGCCAAGAGGCUGCGGGCUCAGCACAUGAAGGAGCACCCGGACUACAAGUACAGACCCCGGCGCAAGCCCAAGAGUCUCCUGAAGAGGGACCGUUUCGUUUUCCCGCUGCCGUCUUUACUCGGGGACGCAGCGGAGCAUUUGAAGGGAUUUUCCAUGGACUCCUUUCUCGUUCCUGGGGAUAAAGCCAGAGCUCUCCUCGCUCCUGUCUCCUCCUCCUCUUCCUCCUUCUCGCUGCUGGAACCGGUGGCGCAGUUCAGCACCGGAGCUGUCCAGCGCAUGGCGGAGAUCCCGCACGCACUGGCCGCCGGCGCUCUGCCCUACAGCGCGCACACGUUUGGAUACCAGACUGGAGGGAUGGGGGGUCUGGCUUGCCACGGACAGCACACCCACACCCACACCCACACUCACCCGUCACCCUCCGGGCCUGGGUACGUGGUGCCGUGUAACUGUAGCGCCUGGUCCGCUGCCACUUUACAGCCUCAGGUAGCUUAUAUUCUGUUCCCUGGAGGGAUGACGAAGAACGGCGUGGACUCGUACACUUCAGCCAGCUCCAGUGUGUGACGGACCGGAUACACCCAAGACGCGCGGUCAUUACGGGAAAACUUUGCGCACAGGACCUCCCCAUGUAAUAUGACACAAGGCUAAAAAAUGGCCAACACUACAUGUCCUCAUCCUACAAAUAUCACAGCAAACCUGAUUAUUAAAGGCUGUGUUUCUGCAUAUUUUAAAAACAUUUUACGCACCAAAAACGCACUACAAGUCCCUUUAUUACUCGUUAUCACAUGUAAAUGCAGAGUAAAUAUUUGGGGCAUAAUGUGAAGAUGUUAUUUUGUUACUCUUUUGUCAAAAACAUAAAAAAUAAAUGCAGGAGGUCCACGCCUAACUUUUCUAAAUAACUGAUAUAACUCAACAGGCGAACUGACCUUUGAGUCCACAUUACUGCCAGUCAGAUAAUCAUAAAGCUCCUGUGGUUUUGAGAGGGCAGAGAAAGUCUGCAAGAGGCAGUGUUUGUUUUUGACAUGAUUAUUUACACAGGCCCAAAAACACUUAAAAUCAAAUUUCUAACUUUGGAUUCAUCAUUUUUAGGGUGAAGUCAAGUAAUUUGUCACAUCAGGUAAAAUUGGACAAGCAAGGUUUUUACAUCUUGGGCUGUUUAGAUAUUAGCUGCCAGUCACCAAAGAUGUUUUUGUUGCUACAAAUGUGCUUUACA